CAACAGCCUGAUGAUUGUCUGAUUGUUAGUCACCUUCUCUUGAUUGUUUGGGUUUAGUGUUUUUCUUUUUUUUUUGUUUGUUUUUUUUCUCUAAUUGUUUGGCCUCUGUUUUCUGUUUUUGGUUUACUUUGGUUAUGGCUCGGGAUCGACUUGCAGCUCUAAGGGCUGCUCGUGGUGAAUCUUCGGAUGAAAGUGGUGAUGGAAGUGAAGUGAUGAUCAAACUGGAAGAAGGACCUAAAUUCAUGGAAAGUUUUUUUAAUGAGGUAACUAUUAUACAGGAAACAUUGGAUCAUCUGUGUUCUCAAAUAGAGGAGAUGAAAAAGUUUUCUGCUGCCAUUGCCUCGCCUUUAAAUGAAAGUGGUGAUGAAGAUUUGGAGGCUCUUAUGUCAUCGAUUAAAAAAUCAGCGACAAAAAUUAAAAAUAAGCUUAAGGAUAUAGAAAAUUCAAUGAUUUCCAUGGAGGGUGUCGAUAAAUCAUCUGCACUUUAUCGGAUUAGAUUUACCCAACAUUCAGCUUUAUCCAAACGCUUUGCUGAUAUCAUGCAUCAAUACAAUAACGCACAGAUUGAAUAUAGAGAAAAGUGUAAACAAGUUAUCAAGGCGCAAUUAGAAGUUACCGGAAACAGUACCACCGAUGAAGGAUUGGAAGAAUUGUUGGAAAGUAAAGAUCCAGAAAUUUUCACCCAACGUAUUUUAGCCGAUUCGAAAGCAGCCAAGCAAACAUUGGCUGACAUAACCGCUCGUCAUGCAGAUAUAAUCAAACUGGAGAAAAGUAUCAAAGAGCUUCAUGAUCUUUUCCUGGACAUGGCGGUGCUGGUUGAUUCUCAGGGAGAUAUGGUCGACCGGAUUGAACACCAAGUCGUUGAAACCAAAAAUUAUGUAGCCAAAGCCAAUGAAGAAACAGCUAAAGCAGUGAUCUACCACAAAAAGGCUCGUCGUAAAAAGACUGUCAUCUACUUAUGUUUAAUUAUUAUCCUCAUAGUAAUUAUAACCACAAUUACAUUAUCUCUACUAAAUUAAAUGAACACUAAUUCGGAGUUCACAUGUAAAUACAAUUGUCUGUGAGAUGUUUUCAUAUCUAAUUGAAAGCCGCCUACUACUAACAUCAUCAAUCUAUUUUAUUUCUGAUCCAUAUUUUAUAUAAUCAUCAUCAUUUAUAAUCAAAAAGAGAUAAUUUAUAUUUUUAGGGUAGAAUAAAAAAGUAAAACAAAACAAUCAGAGAAAAGAUGAAAUCAUCAAGAUAAUCAUUCUCAAUUCUAUUCACACAAAACUAAA